UAUGAUAUGAGAUUCGCCUAAGAAUUUAGGUAUCAUUGCUUCUUCAAAAGCAUGUCAGCCUAGAAGCUUGUCAGUCCUCUCUAUGACACGCUCUCACCGGCCUGCGCUCCAUCAUGUACGUCACAAUAGACUAGAGGAUCAUUGUAGAUGAGGGAAAAAGAAAAGGAAAAGAAACGGAAUUGGUCAUAUUCUAUUUAUAGUAAGAACAAAGAAAUUGUCUACUGUCAGUAGUCAGGAUUCCCUACUUCCAACCACCGCUACAAAUCAUAAAUCAAUUCGUACUAUAAAUGCGUGGCUCAUUUUUCAUUAUCUUACGUGCAGAGUGAAUCACUCAGCUAUUCUGCUUUCUCCUUCACACAGUCAUAUCCAAUUAUAAACUGGAUUUUGAACUGUGUUUUUGAAUAUUCCAUUGAAAAUAAUUGGCUGAGGAAAGAAAUUAAAAAAUGGGAAAAGAUGACCAAAGGGAGGAAGUGGCUAUAAUUUCAAGUCCCUCAAAUUCACAGAAAGUUGAUCAUCAUGUAGUGGCUUUAGAUGUUGAAGUUCCUGAAACACUUCAUGAAGUUGGAACAGAUUCAUGGUUUCAGGUGGGAGUUGUUCUGAGCACUGGUAUCAACAGUGCCUAUGCUCUAGGAUAUGCUGGCACUAUUAUGGUUCCUCUUGGCUGGACUGGUGGUGUCAUUGGUCUUGUUUUAUCAACUCUCAUAUCAUUAUAUGCAAGUGUUCUUAUUGCCAAGAUUCAUGAAUAUGGUGGAAAGAGGCAUAUCAGAUACCGAGAUCUUGCAGGAUUUAUGUAUGGUCGGGCAGCUUAUGUAAUUGUGUGGGCAUCGCAGUAUGCAAAUCUUUUCUUGAUAAAUAUUGGAUUCAUCAUUUUGGGCGGACAGGCCUUAAAGGCUUUCUAUCUUCUCUUUAAGGAUGAUGACCGGAUGAAGCUAGCAUACUUCAUCGCGAUUGCUGGAUUUGCCUGCGUCUUAUUCGCCAUUGCUGUGCCCACCUUGUCAUCACUAAGGAUUUGGCUGGCUGUUUCAUCGGUUUUCAGUCUAGUGUAUCUCACUAUAGCCUUUGUUUUAGCUCUUAGAGAUGGUAUUAAUGCUCCUCCUAGGGACUAUAGCAUUCCAGGAUCCAAAAUAAACAGACUUUUUACAACUGUUGGUGCAGCUGCAAACCUUGUUUUUGUAUUCAACACAGGAAUGAUUCCAGAGAUCCAGGCUACUGUAAGAGCACCGGUUGUCGACAACAUGUUGAAAGCCUUGUAUUUUCAGUUUAGUUUAGGAUCUGUGCCAGUUCAUGCUGUUACUUAUGUCGGGUACUGGGCGUAUGGAUCCAGUUCAUCGUCCUAUUUGCUCAACAAUGUCAGUGGUCCAGUUUGGGUUAAGGCACUCGCCAACAUUACCGCAUUCUUGCAAGCCAUCAUAGCUCUACAUAUAUUUGCGAGUCCAACAUAUGAAUUCUUGGAUACAAAAUACGGGAUUAAAGGAAGUGCAGUUGCUGUUCGGAGCCUGGCAUUCAGAACUCUAGUCAGAGGUGGUUAUCUCGCGCUUACUACAUUCCUAUCUGCAUUGUUACCUUUCUUGGGUGAUUUCAUGAGCCUCACUGGUGCUAUCAGCUCGAUUCCACUCACAUUUAUUCUUCCCAACCAUAUGUAUAUAAUUGCCAUGAAAAAGAAACUGUCUUCAUUACAAAAGAGUUGGCAUAUGAUCAAUGUAGUCUUCUUUAGUUUCAUGGCUGCUGCUGCAUUAGUAGCUGCUUUCAGGCUUAUAGCAGUGGACUCAAAAACUUACCACGCCUUUGCAGAUUUAUAAUUUUAAAUUAAUCUCAACUUUCUCAGUUCUUGGCCUCAGAGAGGUAUAUGUUUGUACUAUAUAUUGGAUGAAUGAUAUUAUAAACACAGAUUCAGGUUGAUUUGGAUGAAAUGUGGAAAGGAAUAUCUUCAUUUUGAGGAGAA